AAGAUUUCUUCUGCAGCAUUCUUAUUGCUAAAACAUUGAAACUUACCUAACAAUGCAGAUUUCUGUGUGCGCUUUAUUGCCUACACACCCACCCACCUCACCCUACCCCCACUCUGGUUGUAACGAAGCUGAGUUGGCUCAGCGGUAUAGACUCCUCCCGGUCGUGCCUUGUAGAGUGCUCGGGGACCUUGAAGCUGUAAAAUUCUUUUCCAAUAUUUUAAAUUAUGCAUUUAUAACUCAAUUAACAUGCUUUUAAUUUGACUAAAAACCACAAUUAAGCACGCGAUCGCAUUUUCAUUUUGAAUCGCAUAAGAGAAUCUCUGUACAGUUCUUUUUUUUUUUUUUUGGUGGGUUUUGUUCAUUCUGUUAACAAUAAUGUCACACGUUCAAAUUUGGAAUUGAAUCCUCAAUUUCAAUCCUUUUAGUAUUCUUUUAUGCGCAUUUGCUAAUAUACACACACAUACAUAGAGAGACUGGUAAUUAAUUUUUGGAAUUGGAUUUAUUGGAAUUAAUUGCAUGGGUGUUGUUCUAUUAUGUAAACAGCAGAAAAUACAUUUUUUUCACGUGUAUUUGACAAUUUUAGUAUAAGGCAGGUUAAUUUAUUGAUAAUUAUUUUUGGGAGUUUUACAUGAUCAGUUGAUAUAAAAGAAAUUUGGUACAGAAAAGUUUAUUUACUGACACUUAUAAGUGAAGUUUGUUGCACAAGAACACUGCCAAAGUGCAUACAAAAUAACAAUUUGAAUAUUUGUGAGGUUACUUGAAUUCGGAACAUACCUGGGAUGCAACUUUCAUUCCUCGGGAGAGAGUGAUGCAGAAAAGGAAUCAAUGGAUUCCUGGAAUACCGGAGAAGCCACUUCUGCAGAGGUCUAGUGGCACUCCAGCUGAAUUGUCAGGGAAUCAGAUGGAAACCACAAAUUGGCAGGAAUUACUUGGAAUUUACUCUGGGAUAUUACUAGAUGAGACGAUCUGUAAUGGGCAUCAGAAUGUCAGUCCAAUUCGAUUCGUGGAUCUAAAUAACAAGGAGCAUGACCAUCAAGACGUUGAUGCAGUUAAAAGGUUCGUUGGCUUUAAUCAUAGUGCUGGAAAUGUUGGCCCCAGCAUGCAGAAUUUGCACAAUGAUAGCCUUGUUUGGAAUGUUAAUCCUUUAACAGAAUUACCUGGGAUGAAGAAUGCUAUAUAUGCUCCAGUCAUCAAUGAUGCACCAAUGGAAAAAACUCGUGUUAAGGAUAAGCCUACAGUUCUCCAUCCAGAUUCUCGAGUUGAAAGGAACUGGACAGGGCACAAAACCACUGGUUUGAUACUUCAGCAAAAUCAUGUCUUGCACUCAAACCAAGAUAUCAGUGAUCACAACCGGCUAAAUCUGCCAAAUGAUUUUUUUGCAGUCCCCUGUUGGCCCAAUUAUAACCUGAAUUUACCCCCAAGAUCAGAAGCUGGUGAAUCCUCAAGUGCACCCAGCUCCUUCAAAUCAGCGCCAGUAACACCAGAUAAGCAAAAGCAGUCAAAGAGCUCACAGAUUGCUGGAGUACCACAUUUGUUAUUAGACAAAACCUUGAGCCCUGAAAAAGAUGAGCAAGAGAAUGUUGAAAAAUCUCAACCACCCAGAGGUGUUUUUCCUGAGGUAGCAGCAGUACCACAUUCAUUGAUAGGCAAAAUCUCAAGCCUGGAAAGAGAUAAGCAGGAAAAUGUCCAAAUAUCUCAACUACCUGAAGAUGUUCAGGAAAAACAUGAUGAACAUUUGAACAGACUAGACUCAUCAUCUGCAGCCAUUACAACAUCACUUCAGGAAAAGUACAUUUCAGAGGACAAAAAUUAUGGGGGAAUUGAUCUGAACAAGACACCACAGCAGAAACCGCCCAAAAGAAGAAAACACCGGCCAAAGGUAAUUGUCGAACAGAAACCCCAAAGGACUCCAAAACCUGCUUCUACGAACAAUAAUACUCCCAAAGAAAAUACUCCAGGAAAAAGGAAAUAUAAACCCAAAAAGGACAUCAAGACAUCUACUCAACUGACUGAUGCAAAAAAUAAGGUCAAAGUUGUUAAUCUUAGCUCUGCAGCAAAACCAUGUAGGAGAGUAUUAAAUUUUGAAUUGGAAAAUGGAGUUGAAAAGGAAAGCAAGGAAGGAACAUGUGGUAAGCAGGCAGAGACCAAUAAUGAAAAUAAGUUGCCUUUCAAUUUGAAUUUAGAUUCUCAGGAUGCGGAAUGGUACUUGGGACUCGAUGCGGUAUCUAAAACAUCUAAAGUGAAGGAAGGGCAUCGAAAAGAAUACAGCUUGGAGAAGCCUGAAUCGGCGAAUUUAUAUUCUUCCAUCCGCUCUGUUAAUCAAAUCCUGCCUCAAGUGUCAUUACCUCUUGCAUCUGUAGUACCACCAACUACAGCAAAGGACAGCACUUUGAAUGUGAUAGCAAGGAUUUUGAAUAUGCGAAAUGGCAAAACAAACCAGAGAGGCAGCCAGAAUGGUUACAACCAGGUAAAUCAAUGCAUCAGUGGAGGAGUAGCCCAGCUUGUUAUCCAAGCAAAUGCCACUAAAGCGAAGCUUGAUAGAGAAAGGCAAUUGAUGCGGCUGAGUAGGUCUCGACUUCUAGAAGAUUUGGUGGAUAUAACUGAGGAACGAGGAUCAAAGAGAGAAUAUUCCAACACUCAGCUGACAAAUCCUGGAAUUGUCAAGACAGGCUCUCAACAAUUGUGCCAUAGAGUUUCUAAGACGGGCCAGCAUAGCAGUGAUAGCUGCAAAUUAUGGCAAUUAAGUUCAGGAACUUGUAAGAAAAAGAAGGUCGAGGGUAAAUUUGACGGAACCUCAACCUACUUGCCCUCUUGUAUUACAACUCUUAAAGAUUGCUCAAGGCAGGUUGAAGGAAGAGGCAUUGACAGUGUCCAUGAAAAUAGUUCCAUAUCACACCUGAAUUAUGGAUUACGAAAACCUGAGCUUGAACUAAAAAACACCAACAAUGUAGUCAGCAAGGUCACAAGUGAGAUUCGGCAGCAACAUACUUUAUCGCAAGUGCAUUUUUAUACAGAACAAAUUGAACAGAAGAAAUUCCAUCAAACCACUGAAGCAAAAAGUGUCAACAACCAGACUGCAGUUUCUAAUUGGAAUCUGAAUGAUCCAUCCCAGAGAGAUCCUGUGUCAACCCAAGGAAAUCAAAGUAUAACUUCUCCUUCUCCUUUGUCAGUGAAAAAACAGACCACCGGACCAGCAUUCUCCAGCCAAGCAUUCAGUAUGGACCAAGUGUUUAAGCAAGAGGGCAGGAGUGCACGAGGAUAUCCCAACAAAGAACCUGCCGGCUCACUAGAGGAACUGAGACAUAUAACUUCAGUUGAUGAAAUUAUAGAUCAUUUUAAAGAUCUACACAUUGCUAAUAAUGGCAAGGAAAUUGUUGGGGAAGAGCAAAGUGCACUCAUACCAUACAAAAGAGACAGUGUAAUUGUUCCAUAUGCGGAAUUCAAUCCACUCAGGAAACACAAGCCACGGCCAAAAGUGGAUCUUGACCCUGAGACUAACAGAUUAUGGAACCUUUUGAUGGGGAAGGAAGGAAGUGAAAGCACAGAAACGAUGGAUGAGGACAGAGAAAAAAGGUGGGAAGGGGAAAGGAAAGUGUUCCAUGGACGAGUAGACUCAUUCAUUGCACGGAUGCAUCUUGUUCAAGGUAUUUGCAUGCAGAACUCUGAAAUUUAACAUAAUUACUGAUGUCAUGCUUAUGCUAGUCAAU